UGCUCUUGCAUUGUAAUGUUCAAAGAUAUUCCGAUAGUAAAAUAAAUUUUUUAUUGCGGAAAUAUAGUUUCUGGAUUAUUCUAAGAGUUCAUUAUUUAACGCAAAUUCAUACUCGUAUGCACGGAGAAAUCGCUAUCGGAAGUUCCGCCGUUUCAUAUUAUACGGCCUAGUGCUCGUGACGUCACAGACCAGUCCGACGGCUUUAUAUCUAGGAGGCACUUUAUUCUUUGGCCCAGGUGUCUCAAACACCGUACAAUCAGAGAGGAAGAGACGUCUUUGUUAAGUUGUCCGGAAGUGAAAAGAGCGCACCUGCCUAGAUUACAAACGGAAAUUCUUCUGCCUCCCAGCUUAUUGUUGCCUGAUCUACUUACUGUUUGAGGGCUUGGAGUCUCGUUGCUGUGGAUCUUUUGUUUACUUCUUUUAACCUUUCUUCCUGUGAAGCAAAGAAUUUGUAGGGACAAGUGCCCUUGCAGUUUUAUUUGUCCUUCAGUCGGACACAUCUUGCUAUUCCUCAUCAACUAUUCGAUUCGAUUCAUGUGAAAUUCGCAGUAUACAGUUACAGUUAGAGAUUCAAGUGUUUAAAUCAGUUAGAAGAUUAUAAUAAAAGGACGAAUUUUAAAUUGCAUAUUACUGUGUGACGCAAAAAUGGAAAUUUCAGACAUGAUAUUCUGGUUAACUGAGGGUAGUGCGGUGGAAUACUUGGAUUUGUGCUGUCAGGAAUUUCAAGAAAAACGAAAUAGAACACUAAUUUAUGCACUGGAUUUAUGUGUAGCCCCUCGACGAUAUUCCUAUUCGGAUAAGAAGCGCAAGGAAUUGGUUAGAUAUUGGAGAGAAAGCCAUGGAAAUGAAUAUUUUCCUUCGCUUAAUUUGACUGAUUAUCAAAGUUUCCCUAAUAGAAAACUGAUUGAAAUAUUUAGAAUAAGGAGGGAAGGAGUCCAUUUAAUAGAUGCUGGAAAAUACUCUUUUUUUCUCGAUUUCAGUAAAUCGAUAUUAGAAAGACUGGAAAUGAAAUGGGAACUAAAAACAGCUAAGCAUUUUUUGAAACAUCUCAAGGCAUAUAAUGACUACACUCAAAAAUCACUUUUUCCUAUUUUGGACUCUUGGGAUCCCGGGAACGUAACAUUUGAGAAACCUCCUAUAGUUUAUCCUAGUACAUUUAUUCAAAACUACUUCAUGAAUUUAGUGAAGAAGGAAACAGGUCAGAAGUUGAUGAAGCUUCUUUUCGAAAACCUUUGUGCAGAUUCCAGCCUCGUUGUGGAACUUUUUCAUACAAUGUGCGUGCGUGGUUUUUAUAAAAUGCAUCUUUUAUUUAAAGCUGAAGUAAUGGAAUAUAUUUUCUAUCACUGUAAGAAAGAAAAGUAUCAUAUUACCCACUUUUUUCAUGCCCUUCGGGAAGAGUCCCUAUAUAAAACACUAAUUCGCUCUAGUCCAAAACAUUUGCUUGUACUCCUCAAAUACGGCUUCAAAUUUAUAUUCAAGGGGGACUGGCAGUUUAUGUAUUUUCUUGAGCUUUAUCCAACAAUGAAUGGGCGGUUUUACAUCUGAUUUAGUGAGCAGAAACAGCAGACUAGUAUAUAUGGAGGAGCUGUCAGCUAAGUUAUGCAACAAAAUUAUUCAUCCUGCUGUCAGCAUCAUUCUAGUAGUGUCAUUAAGCUGUAAUCACCCAAGGUCAACAACUCCAGGGCAAAUGGCUGAAUCAAGCAAACCAAGCAACAUUCUAAAAAGAAACAUUAAACAAAAUAAAAACUUAAUACCUAAAUCUUGAUAAAUCAGACAAUUAAGCCAUAAAACCUGCAUACCAAUUCUUCAGUUGCUAGAUGGCAAUACACUGACUUAUAGUGUCCUUCAAUGAAAUCAUUUUAAAGCAAGCUUAUCAGAUGAUAAGCAAAAGUAUGGUAAUGAUUGCAUUGCUGGAUAGCUCCUACAGUAAGCCAACUGUAAUGUCUCACAGUGCUGUUACUAUUAAAAUUCUAGCUUAUGUGUUAUUACUUCAUUUUCAUAUGGAAAGCCUUCAUACGAAAUUGAUAGCAUAUAGUUCAAUUUAUAUAUGCUCUGUGAAAGUAAUUGCCAUUGAAUCUAGAAUUAAUGCAUCAUGAUUCAUGAUGAAAUGUGAUUUGAGACAAAAUUUCUUAAAUUAGAAAAUACCAAAACAGAUAAAUAGGAAAUGAAAGAUGAAAUUUAUGUAUUUUAUACUGAAAUGAAGAUCUCGGUAAAGUGGCUGUAU